AUGUCGAAACCGCGGGAGGUUGCUUUCAUCUUCAUCACCUGCAUUGCUCAAUUCCUCUCGCUCGGUGCACUCAAUCAAACAGUGGCUCCCGUCAUGGUUCUCGCAGAAUCUUUCCACAUUGAAGACUAUGGGACACUGAGCUGGUUCUCAGCGUCAUUCUCAAUGAGUGUUGGGACUUUUAUUCUUCCCGCAGGUCGUUUGGGAGAUAUGUACGGCCAUAAACGCAUCUAUCUUAUAGGCUGGGCGUGGUUCGCUAUCUGGUCACUUAUCACGGGUUUCAGUUACUCUUCGGGCCCUAUUCUCUUCAGCAUCUGUCGUGCUUUCCAAGGCAUCGGCCCUGCUCUACUCGUCCCAAACGCCGUUGCUCUUAUUGGCCGAACCUUUCCAGUCGGCCAAAAACGCAACAUUGGUUUUGCUUGUUUCGGUGCGAUGGGUCCGACCGGCGCUGCGACAGGAGCAGUAUUUGCUGCGCUUCUUGCUGACCUGGCCUGGUGGCCCUGGGAGUUCUGGAUAUUGUCCAUCGUAUGCCUUAUCGUGAUGGGACUGGCCUUCGUCAUUGUGCCCAACGAAGCCGUCAUCACUCCUCAGUUAAAAGGACCUCAACGCCCGAGAUUCGACUACUGGGGCUCUAUUACCGGUGUUUCCGGCCUUGUCCUUAUCAAUUUCGCACUCAACCAAGCUCCGUUAGUGACGUGGGCGAAUCCUUACAUCGGCACCCUACUCGCUGUCGGAUGCCUCUUCAUGGUCGCUUUUGUGCUUGUCGAGCUUUACGCGACGGAUUACCCUUUGAUCCCAAUCCGCGGCCUAUCAAAAGACGCCGUUUUUGCCUUAACCUGCAUCGUUGCAGGAUGGGGGUCACAUGGUAUCUGGGCGUAUUAUCUUUACCUCUUCCUGGAACAUCUGCGGGGACAUUCUGCUCUCCUUACCUCUGCGGAGACCUCACCUGUCGCUAUUACUGGUGUAUUCUUUGCGUUCUCAACAGUCUGGCUACUGAAACGUGUCGGAGUCGCCUAUGUCAUGUUUAUUGCCAUGACAUUUUUCAUGGUUGGGGCUUUGUUGCUUGCCACAAUGCCUAUUGACCAGACGUACUGGGCACAGACGUUUAUUAGCGUACUUAUCAUGCCUGGAGCCAUGAAUCUAAGCUAUCCCGCCGCCAACAUACUGCUGUCCUCAUCAUUACCGAAAGAGAAGCAGGGUAUUGCUGCUAGUCUUGUGAGUACCAUGGUCAACUAUAGCAUCUCAUGUGGUUUGGGUUUCGCAGGCACAAUCGACAGAUACAUCAUCACGCAAGAAGCGAACAAGAGAGGGAUUCACGGGAACCCAGCACCACUUUUCGACCACAGCAUGACCACACAAACAAUCAGGCUGAUCGGCCACAGAGCGGCCUUCUGGUUUGCCGUGGGGUUGGGUGGGUUAGGAAUGGUUGUUGCCGGCAUCUUCAUUAUUGUUGUCCAUCAAAGAGAGAAGGCUAAGAAAUGA